GUGCUGCUGACAGUUUUCAGUAGGAGGAGAGAGGAGUCUCGCGACCAGUUCGCUUCGCUACGCUCUGCUCAGCUCCAACGGUUCUCUCUUAAUCUGCACACCAGUUUGGAUUAAACGGACCAUAUAAAUUGUUUCUGGAGCUAACGGCUGACAGCUAAUUGGCGGUAACACGGUCCUAGUAUGGAGGAGCUUCAUGAUGUCCAGCUGACUGAGAUCAAACCCCUACUGACAGGACAGAAUGGCAGAAAUCUCCAGGACUUUGAUUGUCAGGAGCACGAUGUGGAGACGGCCCACGGCGUGCUGCAUGUUACCAUGAGGGGGGUUGCUAAGGGCAACCGACCCACCAUCCUCACCUACCAUGACAUCGGACUCAACCAUAAAUCUUGUUUCAACAGCCUGUUUAACUACGAGGACAUGCAGGAAGUGACACAGCACUUCUCAGUUAUCCAUGUUGAUGCUCCUGGACAACAGGAAAAUGCUCCCAUAUUCCCCACUGGGUACCAGUAUCCCAGCAUGGAUGAACUGGCUGAGAUGCUUCCGUCUGUCCUGACUCAGCUCCAGGUGAAGAGUGUGAUUGGUAUCGGAGUUGGAGCUGGAGCCUACAUCCUCACCAAACUGGCUCUGAUUGAGCCCAGUUUGGUGGAAGGAUUAGUCCUGAUCAACAUUGACCCCUGUGCCAAGGGCUGGGUGGACUGGGCUGCCUCUAAGCUGAGCGGCUGGACAAGCAACAUGGUGGACAUCAUCAUGGGACACCACUUCAGCACUGAUGAGUUAACAGAGAAUAAGGAGAUCAUCCAGACAUACAGACUCCACAUCUCUCAGGACAUACCACAGGAAAACCUGGCCAUGUUCUUCAGCAGCUAUGACAGUCGUGCUGAGUUACAGAUGGAGCGGCCCAUCCCUGGUCUGAAUGAAAACACAGUCAACACGCUCAGGUGUCCUGCCCUGCUGGUGGUUGGAGAUACAUCGCCUGCUGUUGAUACUGUGGUGGAGUGUAACUCCAGACUGAAUCCCACCAAAACUACCCUGCUGAAGAUGGCAGACUGUGGAGGACUUCCCCAGGUGGUUCAGCCUGGAAAACUUGCAGAGGCCUUCAAGUACUUUGUCCAAGGGAUGGGCUACAUCCCUCAUGUUUUAUUAAACCAUCUGAGCAGCCAAUCAGUGCCCACAGCAGGAAUGACCCGGCUGGUUCGCUCCAGGACUCACUCUGCUUCCAGCGUGGGCUCCACAGAUGGCGUCCGCAACCGCAGUACCACCAACACCCUGCCAGAGGGCGCCACCUGCACCGUCCCCGAGCACACAGCUGUGCAAACCAUCGAGAUGACGGCGUAGGGCUUCCUCCUGCUCCGCUCUCUGUCUUCAUCUUUUUCUCACAUCCUUUCUCCACUUGGCUCUCUGCUGCCUCAGUCCCAGACAAACUGUUCUGUCCCUGUUCCACCUGAAGACCUGGAACGUCCUGGAACAUCCUGGAAUGCCCUGGAGUGUAGAACUGAAGGUAGAUUUGAGCGGUGUCAUUGAUGUUCUGCUGAUGGCUCCUUUAGAUACUGAUGAUGGUUUUUACUCUUUACUCCCGUCUCCAUGGAGCCAUGCUGUUGCCAUGGUGAAUCUCUUAGAUGUAACCAUAUUAUUAGAUUAUUCAUAUUUAUAAGCAGUGGUGUUGUUUUGUUCCCCAGACAUUUUCACCUCUCUUCUCUUCCUUUCUUAUUACUUAAUAUAUUAUAAUCAGCAUUAUUUUAUGCCUCUUGUUGACGGUUUAUGAGGAAAAAGCUCUUUUUUCCAAACAAUAAAACUACAUUUAUAGGAAUAUUUGACCAAAAAUGUAAAUGUGCUUGACUGUGACAGUUAGUGUCCAUCAGGAACUUUCUCCUCUCUAACAGAUGCAUCAGCUCUCAGCCUGAGUCGUGUUGUUUCUCUGAAUCCAUGAAGCAGUUUGUUCCUGAGACUCUGCUGGGAUGAGAAAUAUUCCCAAUGCGGCUCAACAGCAGGAAUACUGUCGGCAUGAUCAAUCAGUCAAAUUAAGUAUUACAUGCAAGACAGUUAAAUAGAUGUUUUAGGACCAUUUGGAUGCAUUUCCAAACAAAAAAGCACAAACAUACCGACUUCUAGUGGCAUCAAUAGAAAAAAUCCAGAAAAUGUUUUAUUUAUUGCACUAAUUGAAAAUGUAUGAAUACGUUGUUACAUUAAUGAAAGCAACACUGCAGGACAUCACGUUCAUGGUGCAAACCUUUAACCCUGAUGAGUGUCACUUUCCAACACCAGCAGCGUAAUUUAAAGAACCAAAAGUAUAAACAGAGCAGAGACUAAAACUCAGUGUUGCUGCUCAGCUUGUUUUAGAAAAAUGGAGGCACAACUCCGACUCACAUGUAAUAACAAACAGGAAGAACACUGAACAUGUGUAAAACAAAUAACCGCACCCUACUACAGUUUAACUCAUCUGGAGGACAGAUGUCCCUGUUUCAGUCUUUCUCCCUGAAGCACAUUGACUGGUUUCAUGUAGGAUUUGAUGCUAAUAUUAAAACUAGACUUCGUAUCAGAAAUGACCGCUAUUUAGUUUUCCAAGUUCUUCCUGUGAUGGAGAUCCUGAGCGAGAUCCAUCCUGAUACCUCGUCUGUUGCUCUUGUUACGAUGCAGCAUGCUUGUCGUAGGUUUGUGGCAUGUGAACCGUGUAGUGGUUAGUGUGGUUCGUAACAGAUGUCCAGCUGUAAACCCGACGCCAUACAUCACUGAAACUUGGACUUGCGACAGCUGCUUGAAACCCCAUUAAAGAAACAAAACAAAAACAUCAUCUAAAAGUUUGAGGCAACAUUUUACUUCACUGUUUUUUUUUUAAAAUAAGUUUUGAUUUAAAUUGAUGCGGACAAAAAAAGGAAAAAACCUCCCUGCAUGUAAAAUAUCCACGGAUGAAAGUGAACCUGAACAUGAUGAGACUCGUUUUCUUCCUCAGCCCUGAAGAACCACUUUAAUAUAGUCAACAAGGUAAAUGUUCCACGUUAUUAAUCCCACACUUGUUGUUAUAGUUAGAUCCGACCCGUGGGACUGAGUUGUGGAUUGUCAGGAUGUUAACAAACAAUCCACCAUGUUUGGAUCGAAACCCCAGAGCAUCCUGAUGGGAGAAGUUGUAGCCAUCAGUCAGUGGAGUCUUAACCGCCUCCCUGCAGGAAGAUUUUCCUGAAAAGAAGAUAAUUCCAGUCUGGACUGAAAACAAAGCGAGUUUAUGACCCACAGUCUGUAACUGGAGAACAUUCAGUUCUUUAACUGCAUAUUCUGUGAUGCCGUCUGUUAAUAUUGAUUAUAACCGUUACUAUGGUGAUUUGUACUGAAGCAUUGUAGCUGUUACACUGAGGUUUGUAUUUACUGGAUGUUAUGAUUUAUUUAAGAGUGUAGACAAAGUUUGUAAUGAAAUAAAGCAGAUUAACCAGAAAGAA